GACAAACUCCAAAUGUCAAAUAUUUAACCCGCCAUAUAUAAUCUCCAUUUAUGUCAUCAUAAUUAGGCAUUUCAAGGUUUAACUAUUUGACUCGUUACCCAAAUUCAAACAUCUAUUUUUGCAUAUAUUUUUUUUUCUCCCGUUUUCCCGACUCUUCGUUACAAUUCUUACCAAUUUACACCAUAUCUAAAUCAUCAAAAUCACAUAAUUUUUUUCAUAAUAAUCUUUGAUCUUCAAUUGGGUUUGUUUCGAUGUUCGAUCCAGAUUUUUUAAUGCAACGAUCAGAUUUAAAGAUCCAAAAUUUUCCAUUUUGAUUGAUUGAAUUGAUAAAUUGGGUUUAUUUCUUAAAAUAAUUCUUCUUGAUUUUCUGGGUUAAUUGAAUUAUGCGCGGGGAGGCAUCCUCGGAGCAAGAACAGGACGACUCCGACAGUGAUUUUGUUGAGAAAGAUCCAACUAAACGUUACGGUAGGUAUAAGGAAAUUCUUGGAAGAGGGGCUUCUAAGAAAGUAUAUAGAGGAUUUGAUGAAAUAGAAGGUUUAGAAGUAGCUUGGAAUCAAGUUAAGAUUUCGGAACUAUUGCGAAAUUCUGAGGAUUUGGAACGGCUUUAUUCCGAGGUUCAUCUCCUUAAGACCUUGAAGCAUAAGAACAUUAUAAAGUUCUAUAAUUCUUGGGUUGACACAAAGAAUGAGCAUAUCAACUUCAUUACUGAGAUUUUCACAUCAGGCACCCUUCGCCAAUAUCGACAGAAGCAUAGGCAUGUUGACUUGAGGGCAUUGAAGAAAUGGUCUAGACAAAUUUUGGAAGGGCUUCAGUACCUUCAUAGUCAUGAUCCUCCUAUUAUACAUAGGGAUCUUAAGUGUGAUAACAUAUUUGUGAAUGGCAAUAGCGGAGAACUAAAGAUUGGUGAUCUUGGAUUGGCCGCAAUUCUUCACCAUGCUAAUGGAGCACAUAGUGUCAUAGGUACUCCGGAAUUUAUGGCACCAGAGCUUUAUGAAGAAAAUUACAACGAGCUUGUUGAUAUCUAUGCCUUUGGCAUGUGUUUGCUAGAAUUAGUGACUUUUGAGUACCCUUAUACUGAAUGUGCCAAUGCUGCUCAAAUAUACAAGAAAGUGACAUCGGGAAUUAAGCCUGCGUCUUUGGCAAAAGUGACAGAUCCUGAUGUGAAAGAAUUUAUUGAGAGAUGUAUAGCUGAUGUGAGCAAGAGAGUAUCCGCCAAAGACCUCCUAAAUGACCCUUUUUUGUCAGACGUGAGUCCUGAGACCACUGCACAUUCAUCACAUGUUAAUAUUCCGCAUUUAGAUUCAGGUUCAGAAUCUACUCAGAGUAUUCACAGCAAGUCUGAUAUUGAUAAAGGAAUAUUGUUGGACAAUCCUAAUCCCGGGCUAAGUAGAGACGUUACACUAGAAGGAGAAAGAAAAGAUGUCAACACAAUAUAUAUAAAAUUGCGGAUAGCUGAUUCCACAGAUAAAUGCCGCAAUAUUCAUUUUCCAUUUGACAUUGAAGCCGACACGUCAAUUGCGGUUGCUAGUGAAAUGGUUCAUGAACUGGACCUGACAGAUCAAGAUAUUACAACCAUUGCUGACAUGAUUGACUCUGAAGUUCGGGAUCUAAUCCCAAAUUGGUCAACUAAGGAUUCAUCUGCUGGUGAUUCAUUUGAUAGCCCUAAAACUGACCCUAAGGAGGAUUCAUCUCCACAUAACGCCUGUGAAAAUAAGGAUGAUACUUCUCCAUUGUCAAAUGCAUCACCGUUUUCUACAAGCAAUGUUUUUCCAGACCAACUACCUUCUGGUCGUAAGUUUUGGUCAGAUUCUCCAAAAGACUCUCCAAAAAUUCGUGAUGAGAUGUCACCAAUUGGGAAUUCUAGUUGGCAAGAAUUUGAGAGCGAUAAGUUUGGUCAUGAGCAUGGAGAGCCAAUUGAGAAUGUUGAUGAGCCAUACACUGAAUCGGUGUCAAAUAAGCUUUUAAAGCACGAACAUGAGUGUGGUGGGUUACCACCAAAAAGUCCUACAGUUUUUCAUUUACGAAGUGAGAGUGAUGAUGUGUUUCAUAAAUUAAGUAGUCAAGAAGAGGAUUCUUAUAACAAGAAGGAUGAUAUUACGGUUCCAUUUACUCAAAAUGAAGAAGGUAGCCACAAGGAUGUUAGUAAAUCAUAUAGUGUGGAAAACUACGAUGGCAACUCUUACAAUGAAUCAGAUUUGAAGGCUAUUGCUGAUACACUUGAUCAGUUGUUUAUUCAACAGCAAAAAGAAGUAGAUGAUUUGAAAUCGAAACAUAAGUUGGAUAUCUCUCAUGUUUUAAAAGAUCUUCCACCUCAAAUGCAUGUAAAAGUGUUUAACAUGUGCAGCACGAAAAUGGUAUCUUAUAUGCCCAAUGUUGGUGGGUAUAAUGGCAUUGAUGAUCGUAUUCAAGUACCAGUAAAAAGAAUAUUUACACGCUCGUUAAGUACCCUUGAUCUUUCUAUUACAAGAACAAACAUAAAGCAGGAAUCAACAUCUGGAAUUGCUGUUAUUUUAAAAAAUGAUUUAGAAAAACCGUGAAUUUGGAAAUGAUUUAAUACAUUGAUCAAAUGGUAUUCAACAAUUGUGAAUUGUGAUUGCUUUUGAUAUCUUAGAUUUGUAGAUGUUAGUUUCUGUAAAUGAUACUUAGUAUUAUCAUUUAUGUUUUCUUAUUCAAAUAUGUCUGUGUUCUUUAAUGAUAUCUAUGUACAAGUUACUUGUAAGGAACAAUUUUGUGAUGAUUUAGUCUCAAAUGAGA